GAGCACACGUGGAAGCAGCGCCAAACUGCUAGCUUAAUCCAAGUUCAAAACAUGCCGAAAUCCCCAUGCAGCCAUCCUCAUGCACUUAACCAAGCUCCAGUUUGUGCCUGUCGUGUAACGUAUUAGCCAAUUUGCGAUUUUUGUUUCCUAAUCCAAAGAUGAAAGUUUGUGGCUACCUGGAUAGAAAACAGAGUUGCGAGAAAUGGAUGUUUUGCUCUGUCAAUGUGAAGCAAAUAGAGGAGAGGAUAUCCACAAGCCGAGGGGCAACAACCAGACCUCACCUUCCUAUAAGAUGUCUAAUGGCUACAUUCUACCUGAGGGUAAACUGACUCCCAACGCCCUCUUUGUUGGUGGGAUUGACAUGAAGGUGGAUGAAAAUGAAAUGCGCGACUUCUUUGCAAGAUAUGGUGCUGUUAAGGAAGUAAAAAUUAUCACGUACCGUGGAGGGAUCUGCAAAGGGUAUGGGUUUGUGUACUUCAAUGAAGAUGUCAACAUUCAGUCAAUCAUUGACCAACAGAUCAGUUUUAAGGGCCGGAAACUCAAGCUGGGCCCUGCCAUCAUGAAAGAAAGGAGCUCUCGGUUCAUGCCAUCCCGUCUGGUUGGCCCAGCUCCAUGGAUGAGCCCCACUCAGUACUUCUACUGCGCUUGCUGCUCACCCGUUGGAGGGGGUAUGGCACAACCUUCGCCUAUGCUGAAUGGAGGCAGCCCCUACAAUCAGCCAUACUCCUAUUCCAACUUUGGAGGGGUCAUGAUCCCACAGAUGCCAGUGAACUACGCACAGAAUGCCUACGCCUACCAGUACACUCCACCUCACUGGACGGCGGACCAGAGGACACGGCCUGUCAAUCAGAGCUUUGUGGACUGUGGAGUACAGACCAUGCUGACUGUGCUGUAGUCCACAGCUACUGAGCCCCAUGCCAGAUCAAGGCUACAGUGAGUCAAAGUGCAGACAGGAAGACAUCUUGAUGUUGUGGACAGCUGGAAGCAACCCAAAUCCUCAGACUGUUUUCAGAAUGCCCUCCUCUCUCCUCCCUUCCCUCAACUUCUGAGAUCAAUUUUAACACCAGACUGCAGGAUCUCUCCUCUUCACCUGUACUAGUUUGAUCACAGUCACUUUGACCACAACUGGUAGGGACCUGGGGCCUUGUGGUCAACUGCUUUUAACCUACAUGGAUCACAGUAACAGUCGCACAGGAAGAGCAGAGCACCCUCACCAUACAAGCUACUUAGUGGGCUCACUUUUUUGUUGUUUUUUUGUGUUUUCCUUUGUUAAUUACCCCCAACAAAAAAUGGAAAAGACUUUUAAGCUCACUCUUUGUGCCUAUUUAUAUUUUAUUAUUUAUUUUUUGAAUUAUUUUAAAUGUUUGUUUGUUUGGGGCUCUCUGUACAUAAAAGGUAUGUUUAUAUAUAUUGUAACAAUGUCUUGACAGCAAUCUGUUUGUUUCAGCAGUAGACUGCGUCUUUAACUCAAGUUCAGGUCUAAUGCUCCUCCGAUAAAGAAACUUCAUUAACUUGUUAACUAUGGGCACAUGCUUAUACCAUUAAUUUCAAGCACUCACAUUUAUUUUGUGCUCUUUAUUUUUGUUUCAUCGGGUGUCGAUGGAGGCAGUAAAUGUGUCAGUUCUGUCACAUUAUAGCGCCUCGUCAGUAUCACUGAAUACCGCUGUCUGGAUCAAACGACAGACUUUCAGGUUGAUUUCUGCAGAGAAUGUUGUGGUACAUUGAUCAUCUUGUUGCAGCUCUAAACUGUCCCAUCCUGUGACUGAUGUUUCACACUCAAGGACAAUCACGGCAUCAAUUUAUGUUUUCUCAUAACUCAUCAAUCAACUUAUAUUUGGGAAAAAGAGUGCAAAACAGUUUUAAUCCACUUUGAAAAUGAAGGACAUGAUUUAAAGUGAUGUGCUCUACUGCAUUUGUUUCUUUGGGAAAAUUGUUCACUGUACAUGGUUCACUUUAUCCUGGUUUGUUUCAGCUUUUGGGUUUCUUUCUGGGUGAUCUUGCACAAAACCUUUUACUGGCAUCGCAUGAGUGAGCAAUACUUUUUUAUAUAUAGUUUUUUUUUUCCAGUAAGUGCACUAUAUUUGUCUUGAGUUUACUUCUAUACGCUUUAAAAACAGCUUGGAGAUGCACAUUUGGUGUAUGGUGUACAUUACAGAUUUUCUUUUCCCAGUUUUGCAUUGUUUUAAUUGGGCAUUGUUGGGCAUUUACAGUAUUUGGGCCACAGGGUCUCCUGUGUGCAGACAUCUGAUUGUAUUGAUAGAAUCGUUUUGUUCAGAGAGCCUGGACACUGCACUGUUUGGUUUGGGUUAUUGUUAAUGUUCAUGUUUUGCAGGAUUUGGAUAUUUUUGUCUGGAAAAUAAUAAAUGUUGAACAAUGUUAUCAUUUAA